AUGUAUUCACAAAAACAUGCCACAAGCAUGCUGAUUGGAGGGAUGGUUAAACCCAAGCUUGUUGAUCACAAGACAAAAUAUACACCUUCUGAUAUUCGCACUGAUGUAAAAAUAUAUUUGGGAGUUGAUGUAAAUUACUCAUUUGCUUGGAGAGAUAAAGAAAAGGCUUUGGUUUCAUUGAGGAGCACUGUAGCUGCAUUUUACGGCAAACUUCCAGCAUAUUUGUAUAUGAUGAAUACUACAUAUCCAGUUGUGGACGGAAGUCACCUAAGAGGACCGAAUAAUGGAACAUUUGUGGCUGCAAGUACAAUAGACGAAGCAAGACACAUUUUUCCACUGGUAUAUGGUAUCAUUGACUCGAAAAAUGAUGCAGCUUGGUCUUGGUUUUUUCUACAACUAAGGGACGCUUAUGGUGAAAGGAUUAAUAUGUAUGAAGUUUCAGAUCGAAAUGAAAGUAUUAUAAAGGCAGUGACUCAAGUGUAUAAAAAUGUGCCACAUUAUGCUUGUAUGUGGCACUUGUGGGGUAAUAUAGAGAAGAAAUUUAAUAAGGCCUCCAAGGAGCUAAAUCCUCUAUUUUAUACAAUGGCAAAGACUUGCAAGAAAGUUGAGUUUGAUAGGCUGAUGGAUACUGUAGAAAAAGUUGAAGUAUGUGUUAAAGAGUAUUUAAAGCUAGAUGGAUAUGAUAACUGGUCAAGGUGUCAUGCAGAAACUCAUCGGGGAUGGUCUAUAACGUCUAACAUUGCAGAGAGUAUAAAUGUUGCAUUAGUGUCUGCAAGGGAAUUACUAGUUUUUGAUUUUCUAGAAGAGGUCAAACUAAUGUUUGGGAGAUGUAAUCAUGACAACAAGUACGAGGCAGCCUUUAUAUUUACUCCGUAUUGGAAAAGCCCUGAAUUUACUAAUUGA